AUGACAGCCAACGCCCCCUUGGCCGUCGAUAUCGCCAGUCUCGGUCGAGUCCUUCCAGAGGCACCCACGGAAGCAGACGGAUUGACGUAUCAUCUGCAUCAUCUCAUCGCUACCGACAUAUCUCCUCUCGAGAUUUCCACAGAUCUGGAGGAAAACACGCAGCGCUGUGCGGAGCUGUUCGUGCGGAAGCUCUUUUCUUUGCCGCGGGAGGCAUCAGAUGACGGCAUUUUUGUCUACCUGCCCCCCCUACCCAAGAUUGACACUCUGCGCUUUCCUCGAACUCUAAAGCUUCCGUCUUCGCGCCCGUUGACGCGUUGGGAAGCUUUUGCCAAGGCGAAAGGCAUUGAAAAGCGGAAGCGAUCUCGUCUGGUGUGGAGUGAAGAAGUGAAAGACUGGGUACCUCGUUGGGGACCACGUGGCCUUAAGGCUAUUCAGAGACAGGCGCAGGGUGUGCUUGAGGAGAAAGGCGCCGUAACAUUGCACAGCAGAACCGCCAAGACUAAGGAUGCGUCAGCAGGGGCAGCCGCUGGGGGGAAGAAGCGGAAGCGGGUAGCCUCUGCGGAUGCUGCUGCUGCUGCUGCUGCCGCGGGAGUGGUGGAAGACCCCUUCAAGAAGGAGAAACAGCAACGCGAGCUGCAAAAGGCGAAGCAGAAGUUGCGGGAAGUGCGGAACGCAGCGGAGGCUCAAGCAGGGAGGGGAGCCGCGCGAGCCGUCCUAAAGGGCGGCUCUGGCAGUGCACGUUUACCCCCUGGCGUGCCCUUGCUGUCUUCUACGCAAAAGAAGCACAGAAACAAGAGCAAAGAAGAACUCAAAGAACUGCUGCACCGGUGA